AUGAGAAAUGGUACAGUAAUUAUGGAGUUCAUCCUCUUAGGCUUUCCAGGUAGCCAAGGAUUCCAAGCCCCUCUCUUUAUAGUGAUAUUUCUCAUCUACAUGUUAACCCUUGCAGGCAAUGGCUUCAUCAUUAUCAUUGUCUGGGUUGAGCCUAGGCUGCAAAUCCCAAUGUACUUCUUCCUCUCCAAUCUGGCCUUCCUAGAAAUCUGGUACACUACCACCAUUAUUCCCAAACUACUGGAAACCUUUGUAGUGGCUAAGAUGGUCAUUAGCAUUCCCUGCUGCCUGCUGUAAGCCUUCUUACACUUCUUCCUGGGCACCACUGAGCUCUUGAUCCUCUCUGUCAUGUUGUUUGACUGCUACCUGACCAUCUGCAAGCCCCUUCGCUACCCCAGCAUCAUGACCAGCAGCCUAUGCCUGCAGCUGGCCCUCAGUUCCUGGGUGCUGGGCUUCGCCAUUGUCUUUUGUCAGACAGUGCUGCUCAUCCAGUUACCCUUAGGUAGCAACAAUGUUAUCAAUCAUUUCUAUUGUAACGUUGGUCCUAUCUUGAAAGAAGCCUGUGCAGACAACAACAUUUUAGAACUCCUGGGUCUCUUGGCAACUGUCCUGGUGAUCCCAGAGUCACUUCUGUUUACUAUCAUUUCUUAUGUCUACAUUGUUUCCACUAUCCUGCCGAUCCCUUCAGCUACUGGCCUCCAAGAGGCUUUUUCUACCUGUGCCCCUCACCUCACGGUCGUCUCCCUGCUGUAUGGAGCUGUUUUGUUCAUGUACUUAAGACCCACUGCACACUCUUCCUUUAAGAUGAAUAAAGUGGUAUCUUUGCUGAAUACUAUCCUCACACCCCUCCUGAAUCCCUUUAUUUAUACCAUUAGAAACAAAGAGGUAAAAGGAGCCCUAAAGCAGGCAAUAAUUUCUCCAAAGACUUGCCACUCAAAAUAA